CGAAGACGAGUCUUACCGGCCUCACCGUUGUUCAGACCCUUCAGCGCCUUUCGUCUUUUUCUUUCUUUUUUGGCUCACAAACCGAACAGAAAAAUUAUUUUACCGAACCCUCAAAAAUCCUCAUAGCAGUUUAUUGCAAAAUCAUUGCCCUGUAGCUUUUUCAAUUUCUGUCUGCUACCCUGUUAAUCAUUCCUAAAUAUCUUGCUAUUUGAUUUUAAUUUUUGUUGUUUUCCUAAAUUUUCUCUGUUCCAAAAUUUUGAUUUUCUGUCUCGUCCGAUGUGCAUCUGAUCCGUCGAUUUGGCAUCGUUGUAGUUGUUACCUUCCCUUCUCUGAGCUUUCGGAGGAUGUUCGCGAGAUGACGAACGAAGGAAGUAAUACUGAGACGUUAGCUCCUGGGGAGCCCCAUUUAUUCGAGAAUCGACACAUUGAAGCAAACCAGCAGCAGUCCUCUUCAUAUGUCCCCUCAACAACUGGGCCUGAAGCUGUAUCUUGGACUGUUCAUAGCUCCACAGAAAAUGGAGUUUAUUCGAACCCCACCUACCAAUAUGAUCAGCAAACACAGCCACCUGGAAGAAGCAUUCAAGAUGGUCAAAAUGCAUCAUCAGUUGCUGCAUGGGAUACGCAAGCUACUAUAACAACUAUCAGCAGCAACCUAAUCAUACCUACUCACAGCCUUUAGGAGCAUAUCAAAACACAGGUGCUCCUUAUCAGCCUCUUUCCUCCUUUCAGAAUACUGGGUCUUAUGCUGGAUCUGCAAGCUAUUCAAGCACUUACUACAAUCCUGGUGAUUAUCAGACUCCUGGUGGAUACCAAAACAGCAACUAUGGAAAUCAGACGACACUGUGGAAUAAUGGCAAUUAUCCGAAUUAUUCAUCCCAUCCUUAUACAAAUUACGCCCCAGAUUCUACAGUUGCUUAUAGUUCUGGUACUGCAACUACAUCACUGCAGUAUCAGCAACAAUACAAACAGUGGGCAGACUAUUACAGCCAAACAGAAGUCAGUUGUGCACCAGGGACAGAGAACUUAUCUGUCACUAGUUCAUCUACUUUAGGUUGUCCUAUUCCUGCAACUACUAGUGGCUAUGUAACUCCUAAUAGCCAGCCUCUGCAGUCAUAUGCUGCUCCAUAUUGGAGGCCAGAAUCUAACUCCUCUACCAUGCCUUCUUUGCAGCCUGGUGCAGUAACUUAUGGUGCUCAUGAUGGUUACUGGAAACAUGGGGCUCAAAGUUCUCAAAUUCACCACAAUAAUACUAUACAACCAAACUAUCAAACUCCUUUGGAUUUAAAAUCUUCUUAUGAUAAAUUUCAGGAUCAACAGAAGACUGCGUCUUCUCAAGGAGCCGAUUUACAAUUUCCUUCUCCUCAACAGAUGCCUUCAACUCCCAUACAAGCUGCUCCAUCUAUGGAUGCAAGAAGGGUAAACAAAUUGCAGAUUCCAACAAACCCUCGGAUUGCUUCAAAUUUGACUUUAGGAUUGCCCAAAGCUGAGAAUGAUAGUACUUUGAAUAGUGCAGCACCCAAACCUGCUUAUAUAAGUGUUUCACUGCCAAAGCAACCUGACAAAGUACCCUCUAAUGAUGCUGUCAAUUCUAUACUUAAGCCUGGUAUGUUCCCCAAGUCUUUGCGGGGCUAUGUUGAAAGAGCUUUGGCUCGAUGUAAAGAUGAUAAGCAAAUGGCUGCAUGUCAGACCGUGAUGAAGGAAAUUAUCACCAAGGCAACUGCUGAUGGUACCCUGUACACAAAAAAUUGGGAAAUUGAGCCACUAUUUCCAAUUCCUGAUUCAGAUGCGAUCAAUAAAGAUAGUUCAGAGUGCUCCACAAAUGAUUCCUUAAUGCCGAAGUAUAAAAGAAGUCCAAAUAGAAGAUCUAAAAGCAGGUGGGAGCCAUUACCAGAGGAGAAGCCUGCUGACAAUCUGGUGCCAAACAGUAAUCAUGCUGAAAAAUACAGCAAUUGGGCUCAUAAUGAAAAGGAAAGAAAGGUGGUAGUGGAGAGCAAGGAGGAUGGUCUGAGGAAUAAUAAAUGGACUUCAGUAUUUCAGAGAACUUCUAAUAGGACUCCUCAAAGGAUGUGUAAGAAGCAGCGUCUUGCUGAAGCUCCUAUUCCCUCUGAAAAUGGUGAUGCAUCUAGUGAUAGUGAUAACGAGCAAGGUCUUGCAGUGUAUUAUUCUGGUGCUAUAGCUCUUGCAGAUUCACCAGAAGAAAGAAAGAGACGAGAAAAUCGUUCUAAGCGAUUUGAAUUAGCACAAGGGCAUCGUUCAGAAAACAGUCACUUAAGACCCAAAAAUGCUGGAGUUGGAAACCUCUACAACAGAAGAGCUAGCGCCUUGGUGCUAAGCAAAAGCUUUGAAGAUGGUGGCAACAAAGCUGUUGAGGACAUUGACUGGGAUGCUCUUACUGUGAAGGGUACUUGCCAGGAAAUUGAGAAGCGUUACCUACGCCUUACAUCUGCACCUGAUCCUGCCACGGUGAGACCUGAAGAAGUUCUUGAAAAAGCUCUACUGAUGGUUCAAAAUUCUCAGAAAAAUUACCUUUAUAAGUGUGAUCAGCUAAAGUCAAUCCGUCAAGACCUAACAGUACAACGGAUACGUAAUCAACUAACAGUCAGGGUGUAUGAAACACAUGCCCGAUUGGCACUGGAAGUUGGGGACCUCCCUGAGUAUAAUCAGUGCCAAUCUCAGCUAAAAAUUCUAUAUGCUGAAGGGAUUGAGGGAUCUCAUAUGGAAUUUGCUGCUUACAACUUGCUUUGUGUUAUAUUGCAUUCAAAUAAUAACAGAGAUCUCCUAUCAUCAAUGUCAAGAUUGUCUGUCAAAGCAAAAGAGGACGAGGCUGUAAAACAUGCCCUUGCUGUCCGGGCAGCUGUAACUUCUGGAAACUAUGUUGCAUUUUUCAGAUUAUACAAAGCAGCUCCUAACUUGAACACCUGUCUUAUGGAUCUUUGUGUUGAAAAGAUGCGUUACAAAGCUGUGAAUUGCAUGUGCCGGGCAUACCGUCCUACUGUGCCUGUUUCAUAUGUUGCUCAGGUUCUUGGAUUCUCAACUUCAAUGACUACAAAUGGGGAAAGUUAUGAGAAGGAUGCAGAUGAUUUUGACGAGUGUGUAGAAUGGUUGAAAGUACAUGGUGCCAUAAUUAUUUCUGAUAACAAUGGAGAAAUGCUGCUUGAUACGAAAGCUUCAUCUUCUAGCUUGUACAUGCCAGAACCUGAAGAUGCUGUGGCCCACGGUGAUGCCAAUCUUGCUGUUAAUGAUUUCUUGGCAAGGGCACCUUUAUAGCCAGGUUGGUUAUUUGAAAAUGAAUAUAUCAUAAUUUUGAGAUCUGAGAGCAAGUGCAAAAAUUCUGGUGCAACCCUCAACAAUCCAGAUGGUAGCAAUAGGUUGCAUCUCAAAACAAACUAGGAAGAGGUUUUCUUAUCUCUGAGCUUUCUUGUAACUUUAGUCUCAGGUCAGAGAUGUGUAAGUAGAGCCAACGAUGAUAUGAGCUAAAAAGGUACAAAUUGCCAAAUGAAAGAAAAUUGGCUGUGUAAGCUUUGUAGUUGAAUGAAAAUUUUUAAGUGCUCUGAAAAUGUUUAGCAUUCUUUUCCUGGCGUGGACAGGACUAAUUAAUGUAAUUGAGCUAGAAAUGAAGCAAUAAAGAACAUAUUCAGUUACAAAUGCCAUAA